AUGGCCGAUAUCUGGGACGCUCCCACGGCCGUGCUCUACCGGGAUGCGGAGCUCACACCUCAGUACAACGUGCCCGGCGACGCAACGGUGGGCAGUUGCACCUACUUCGGCCCUGAGAUGCCGAUCAACGAAACGCAGAUCCCACCCACUCGUGAUCCACGCGCCCCGUUGGUUGCCGACGAUAUCCGAAGCAUCCGUGCAGCAGUCGGCCUGCUGACCGAACGACCGGAGAUAAUGGAGGAUGCGUUCGACGAGGUCAUCGGGAUGGAGAACAUCAACAUCAUCGUAUUUGGAGGGGAGGCUUUGACAGUGAAGGUCAUUCCACGAAAGGGUGCGCCUGAAAGCGAGGCCGUCACGGCCGCGCUCGUUGCACGUUCGCUACGAUUGCUUCGCGACAUCGAUCCUGUCUUCGACGUCGACUUGUACCAAACAGUAGGCGAUGCCCCCGACGGUGCCGGACUCCGAGCAAGCCUUGGCGUCGAAUAUCCGUCAGAUCCUUGUACCUCCGACGGAAAAAUCGAUCAAGCCGCACUGAUCGAGCGCAGACGAUCCCCUGAUGCCACCGGCGGUAUGUAUCCCCUCUCAUUGGGACGACAUAUGACCCUGUAUUCACCCGCUGGAGACGCCAAAGUCGUUGGGCUAGCCGAUAUCUGGGACUCGCGUGUCACCGUGCUCUACCGCCGAACCGAAUCAUCGCCUCAGUUCAACGUACCGGGUGACGCGAUCACGGCUGUGAGCCCACGUUGGGCGCACUCGGGGCUGCCUGCAGGUAGGGAUGGCGCGGACCGACCAGCCUGCCCGCAAUUACCGCGCCGCGGUCCCGAUCCGGCUACGCACCAGCUGAUCGACGCUCCGGGUGGAGUGCCACCGCGCGGCAUACCCGCCAUCGACGGCACAGUUCCACCUGCCGAGCAUGAUCAACCCUCUGUUCCGUCCGUGAAUGAACCUGCACGCCCGGAUCCCGCGAUUCCGGAACCCUCGCAACCCACUUUCCCGGCGAUCCCGAUCGUGGCGAGUGGGAAUCACUCUCUCGCCCGGUGGGAUUGGCGAUCCGGGGUCGAACCCGAGACCCGAGGAACUCCACCCUGGGCUCCUCGCCAGGUCGCACCGAGGAACCAGUGUGCCGACUCUGCC